GAGAAAGGAGACACCAAAGAAGAUAAAAGUUCUGUCCAUUUCUGUCUGCUCAGGAAUGCCAAAUCUUAUUUUUGCUUUUUUUUAUUGUAGAGUAUGGCUACUUUCAGCCAUGACUGCAGUACACAGAUACCAGAGCUCCCUUUAACCUGGCUUAGCAGUGCAGGUACCUGAAGCAGUGUAGCCAUGGCAGCACAGAGCUCUGAGUGGCCUAAUUACUCUGCCAGGAAAUAAAUGGAUACUGGCAAAGAAGCAAUAGAGGUGAAAACCCCACAGAGUCACCAGGAUGUGAUGCCCAAUGAUGAGCAGUAAUUACUGCAGCAACACUUCAGCCAGCAUGAGUGUCAACGAAAUGUCUGCCUUCCCUCUGACUCUAGAGCAAAAAACUGGCUUUGCCUUUGUGGGGAUUUUGUGUGUUUUCUUGGGACUUCUAAUUAUCCGAUGCUUCAAAAUCUUGCUAGACCCCUACAGUAGUAUGCCUUCUUCUACAUGGGAAGAUGAAGUUGAGGGGUUGGAUAAAGGAACAUUUGAAUAUGCUCUUGCAUGAAAACUCACAGAAUAUCCUGCCUUAAAUUUGAUGUUGAUUUCAUUUUGGAAACCAACUGUUGUUACAUUUGUUAUACAUCCCCGCAUUUCGGAGAUAUGUUGGUGGCGUCCAUUUUGUUAAAUAAAUAUUUGUUGCAAACUCAA